ACGAGUUUUGCAAGUGAGGAUAUGUCUUAAUAAUUUUGACCUAUUGUCGGCUCCAUUGUCUCUUGGAACAAUGUUCAUUGCGAUAAACAAUAAAUAUAAACAGCGUAAACAAAUUUGUCUUCAGUGUUCUUGGUCGGUUCGCGAAAGCACACCUCAUGUAGCGAGAAAUGAGACGGUCAAUAAUUAUAUUUUACCUCAUAACUGGUGCUUGUACUCAAAUGAAGACAUAUCAACAUCAGAUUUUUAUGGCGAGAAAAACACGGUCCAACGCACCGCCUAUUCAAACGGGAUAUUCUUAUAGUAGAAUUAACGACGGACCAGGAAUCAUUUCGGUGUUUAAUAAUAAAAUUGAAAACGAAACAGCGUCACAAAUAAAUAAAACCCAGAAUGGCGACACAAAAUCCAGUGAUGAAGAUGAUAAAAAUAUUACAACAAACAAAUUAAUGAAGACAGAUAGUAUUUUUUCUGAUAGUUCGCCCGCGAAUAUGAAGGAGAAAAUUAAGACUGCUUCUGAAACCAAUUUAAAGAAUAAUACUGAACGCUUGGAAGCUAAGCCUACUACUUUAAAUGAGUUCAUAAUGAAUUAUAACGGUAAUACCGAUUAUCGAGUGGACGAUGAUGAUUUAAGAAAGGACUCUAAUAUGUACGAUGGAUGGCCGCCGUAUUAUCAUCCGUAUGACUAUGAGCAUUUAAAGUAUGAUAAUGAAAACGACAAAGCAAAAGAUAAACGUUUCAUUUACGAUAUUAUUGAAAGAGUCAUUCCUGUACAAGAAGUAAUUAAUAAUGACAUUCCACCCCCUUAUUAUAAUCCUGCCACCGAGUCAAAGGAAAGAGAACCUGAGUAUCCAUCGAAUAAUAACUAUGAUAAUCCUAUGUAUGGAAAUCAACCAUUUUUUUCAUCAGUGAUAAAUGACUAUGUUGAUAGUAAUUAUGAAGACGAUCCUUUAACUUUCAAGGGUCUUAAUUGGAUUAGUAAUGACAUUGAUACUAAAAGGACGUAUUCCGAUAUUGAUGAUAAUAAUAAGCGUGUUAGACGUUUACAUAUUGAUGAACCGACUCAUGAGUCUCCUAGAAAUAAAUAUUAUAAUAAUUAUAACUCUGAUGAAAAUUCAGCAGUUACAGAUAGAGGUUAUAAUAAAUACAGAAAUCAUGAGGACGAAAGCUUGAGAGAAAAAAUAAAAGAUGACAAUAAAAGAAGAUAUAGAUACAAUGGUGAUAACUAUAGAGGAUUCAAAGAUUUUGUUGAUACAUUUGCAAACAAAUUUGGCUCAGAAGGCCAUAAUAAAGACACUAAUUACAAAGUGAAUAGAACACAGGAUAAGGGUGAGAAAAAGAAAGGUUUUCGAAGAGUGUACCAUAAGGAUGAAUAUCAGGAAGAUAACGAGUUCUAUGACAAUACCAAUAACAAAACUUCGUUGACAGAAAAUGGUGGUUCGAAGUAUAAUAUCGGAGGAUCUGAAGCGAUUUUAGGGUCACGAGCAGCCGCUGCAGUUAGUAAUGAAGGGAACGCCGUAAGUCAAGUUGGAAAUAAAGAAACUGCGAGUGAUUUCAAAAGGAAUAAGGAUAGAUACAAUAAGAAUGGACGUGAUGUUGACUUUCAUCGAUAUAAAGAUAUUGCAAGAAUGGCUGCGAUACAGAAUAAUGCAGAUUAUUUCGAUCCGUUUUAA